AAAACCCAAGUUAGAGCAAUUUAACUCGUCUGAUUCUUUUAGGAUCCGUUUAUUUAUUUUUGCAAUAAAGUAAUGUAAACAGUAAAACAUUGUUUUUGCGCUGAUUAGGGUUUGCGAAUAAAUUAUGGAAAAUGUUGACGCGCGGCAUUAUGGGAUAUCAAAGUCCUCCGGCGGCGCGGUGCCGCCAUGUCUCCAAGACAGAAGCGGUUCAUAGCGUUUAGCUCUCUCGUGUUUUGUUCUAUUGUAAUAUUCUCUCUAGUUGUGUAUUAUAUUCCAACCUUUUUUUAUAUAGCUUUCAUUCUUGGAGUUUGUUGCGUUGCCUGUGUUUAUCACAGUGGAGAAUCACUCAACGUUAGGUUAGGCCCUCAUCCACGCCAUGGUCUGACUAUUCCACCAGUGCUGCGACGCUGGUUGCCAGAGAUUGCGAACGGAUUACCCACAGCGGGGAGAGUCAGAAGUCGCACGGUCAAGGGUGAUGUUAGGGAACCGCUAGUAUUUACUGACCAAAGACGUUCCGAGAGCGCUAUUUAUCGGAAAGUCGCGGGACAAAGCGACUCAUUUCUGUUCAGUCCUCGGGAUAUACUAAUGGGAAGUUACAUUGGGAAGGCAGAAAGUCCUCCCUCAGUUCUUGGGAGGCCUCGAGCUGGUGCGAAUUCGCGUGUUAACCCAAACGCACGAGAACAACUGCGAGAAAUAUUGGCGCGACCCAACCACGCUGUUUAUACUCCGAACAAAAGACUGUCAUUCGGGAGGGAGCCCCUUGGCAUGAUGGGCAGGUUCACCAUAACUCCCCAACGCCACUACCCCCUCCAGCAGACCGGCACAUCCUCUGUGGGCAUCCUGCCACCUGCCCAGUGGGACAGCUUCAAAAAGAAGAACGUUCUCACCCCUCGAAACUCCCCAGCAGUCCACAGUCCAGUCACAGUGAAGAUUGCUAGGCCAGAUCGCAACACCUCUCAAUCCCCCUUCUUUGAUCAUUUGAACUCCCUGGGAAUCCUUGGUUCUCCAGGCCUGGGGGCCCCUGCAGACCCUUGCUCCAGGGAGACUGUUCUGAGCGUGCUCAAAGAGAGCCGCAAGAGAGAGGUGGACAAUGAAGAUGACAGGAGCUUCACUGCAGGGCAAAAGAGCAAAAGGAGGCGUCAUGACAGCAGUGGGAGUGCUCACUCGGCAUUUGAGCCACUGCUGCCCAAUGGGGCUCCUACACAGCCGGUGCCCAAGCCUGGUAUGCUGAAGCGAGGACUGAACGCUAUGAUGGAGGAGUCAACGAUGAAGAAGUUGCGUACCUCCUCCGUCAGUUCUGUGAGCUGUGGCCUGACCCCCAGCGGCACCCUGGGCUCGGUCCGCAACUCCAUCCGCAGCUCCCUCAGCUCCUCACAAGGCUUUGCUCAGAGGAAAAAGGCCUCCACCCGCAGCCUCUCCCCUCUCUCCAGCCCUGGGUCAUCCCGCUCCCAGACCCCAGAGAGAGCCUCUAAAAAGCCCAGGGAAGAGGAUGCUCGCUCCCCCAGCUCUGCAUCCUCGACGAGGUCUGACAAGACGUUGAUGGACCCAGCACCCACCACUGAAAAACUGACUCUAGCCCCCGAGGUCCAUGUGGCGUCAGACUCUGCCGGUAGUGGGAAACGGAAACGCAAGAUUCCCCUGGUGUCCAGUCGUAGAGGAGACCAAAUCUCUCUCCCUCCACCUCCUGAGCUGGGCUACACCAUCACUGUGAAAGACCUGGAUCAGGAGAAAAAAGCUGCUCUCAGCCAGAUCAACACAGUCCUCGAAGAGCGUGUACCAGAGAAAUCUGUGCCAGCUCCAGUAGUGACCACAUCUUCUCAACCUCCUGUGUCAAGCGACCCCACACCCACCCUGGCCACCCUGCUGGCCAGCCCUCUUUCCAUAUCGACAUCUGCCAGUGUGGUGGCUCCUAUCUCUGUGAUCAACCUGGAUCCUGUCCCCUCAAGCACAGCUGCACCUGUCACCACCACCCCCGCGGCCAACCCCCUCCUGGAGUCUCUUAAAAUGAUGAGGAACUACGCCCUCGCCAGUGCUGCUGCCACCACUGCAGCUCCGGCUGUCUCCUUGGUGAAAGUAUUGAUGACUCCUGCACCACUGGUGACUUCUGCUCUGCAGCCAGAGACCAGCUUGACUGCUCCUCAGCCCACACCAGCCUCUUCCUUCCAGCCUGCCCCAACCUCCCUCUCCCAGCCUGCCAGCACCAUGUCCUCUGCUUUCAUCCAGGUGCUGAGCCAAGUCACCAAGGCCCCCAGCAGUGUCCCCAGCCUGGGUGGAGCUAGCUUGUUUGGCCUGGCCAACACACUGACAGCCCCUUCCUCCUCACUGGCCCCGACCGCCACCACAGAAACAACCAGCAGUAAUAAUCCCCGCCUGGCCUCUGUGUUCAAGCCCAUCUUCGGGCCUGCAACCCCAGCCUCCCCAGCCACAGAGAGCACACCUGCUGUCCCAACCUUUAAGCCCAUAUUUGGAAGUGCCACAGCCACCAGUGCUUUUGGACAGCCAGCCGCUACCUCAGCCCCCUCCACAGCCAGCGCAUCUGCUUCAUUGCUCAGCGGGCUCACCAACAGCAGUACAGUGGCCCCUGCUGCCUCCCUGUUCACUGGGGUGUCCAGCAGCACCGCUCCUGCCCCAGUCCCCUCCGCAGUCCCAGCCGCCCCGCCAUCUGUCAAAUCUCUGUUUGGAAACUGGAGUGCGCCGCCUGCAAUGACCUCUGCCACGACCAUUGCCCCUGCCACAGGAAGUACUUUCCAGUUUGGCUCUACCACAGCUCCUGCACCGACCCUCAGCUCCGCUGCAGCCGCCACCACUAGCAACAACGGCUUUUCGUUUGGUGCCAUGACCACCACCUCUGCUGCCACUCAACUCGCCCCCCCAGCCACCGCCCAGGGGGGAUUUACCUUUGGCCAGGCUGCAGCCACCCAAAACUCUACCACCGCAUCAUUCAGUGGCUUUGGCAUUGCCACUGCAGUCACUACUACUGCUGCAGCACCUGCAAUCCAGUCCACAUUCACGUUUGGGAAGUCGUCAUUCGAUGCCUCCACAGCAUCAGCGUUCCCUAGCGCGACUCAGGCCCCGGCUGCUGCUUCUGCAGCAGCUAAUCCUUUCACAUUUGGGUCAGCUGGGGCCACCCCUGCCCCCUUCGCUUUUGGUGCAGCUGCCACUACGGCAGCUUCUACAUUUGGGACCCCCACUAAGCUGGCAUUUGGAGCCAGCUCUACAGGUUUUGCAUUUGGCAACACUGCGGCUGUCCCAGCAGCCCCUGCCUUUGGCUCUGCCACUCGGACUACCGGCACACUCCCAGCCUCUGCCCCAACCUUCUCGUUUGGUGGUGUGUCUGCACAGCAGGCCCCCGCUACCCCUGUCCAGCCAACCACCGGAGGAUUCAACUUUGGCGCAGCAAUUUCAGGCACUCAGUUUGGAACACCCAACCUCACAACACAGACACCAGGCUUCAACUUCGGGGCUGCUGUUAGUGACAAGCCAGCCUUCGGGACGUCUACCCCUACUUUUGGCCAGAGCACAGCUGCAGGUCCUAUCGCCUUUGGAAGCCCAGGAACUCCAGUCCAAGGAUUCAGUGCUUUGGCACCCUCAGCAUUCGGCUCUCCAUCAACUCCCUCGUUCUCCAUUGGUGCUGGCUCCAAAACGUCAGGGGCACGCCAGAGGCUACAGGCCCGAAGGCAGCACCCCAGGAAGAAAUAGCCUAGCCAAGGCAGGUAGUGCAUGGCUUGGAAGCCCUUACCCAUUCAGCACUGCUAUCAAUGCUGCCCAUUACACCCUCCAGAGGAGCUGAACUGCUGCUAUGGCUAACACAGCUUUCCAUUGUAACCCCAGUCAGACCAACAGGCCUCCCCCGCCCUGUUGUUCCCCUGGGCUGGCCUGCUUUGUGGUACAAGGCUAGCAGAGGCGCACACGGCCCUCCUAGGAUGCCUACUGCUCUGACAGUGUAGCCACUCUCCCAGGGAGGAUCGGAAAGGGGGAUAGGAGGCAGAACGAAACAAUGUAUUAUACUUGAAAGACUAUUGAAAUCCAUUUGACUUUAAGUGUAGCAUAUCCAAUUCAAACAACUUUUCCCCCCCUGCUUUUUGCGUUUCCCCUACUAGACCUGUUUAUGACCCGUUUUUGAUUUGCUAAUAGAGCAGGAUUUGUUCAGAUCCGACGCGCUUCUCACUCACUUUGUUUUUGUAUAAAAUUCUAAGUAGGACUGUGUGUUAACGCCUAUACAAGGGCUGAACUGUUUUUUUGGACGUAUGCCCACGGUCAAAAUAGGUCUGCAGUAUGAUCUGCAUGGACAUAUCCAGUUGUACAUGGCAACCAUAAUGUAUAGGAGAUGUUGACAGUUUUUAGAUAAUGAAUUGUGUUUAUUUUACAUGCAAAGUUUCAAUUUGGAUUCCUAAAGGCUUUCACUCGGUUAAUGAAGACUGGUAUGUGGCAUCUUGGCACUUAAAAGGGCAAACUAAUUAGGCCUACCUGUGUUUUGAAUGAGUGCUUAGUGUAGUUGUCUCAGAUAUGCCCUUGUAUUAUUGUACAGUGUCACAGGCACUGGGAAACAUUCCUACAAUGGAAUUUGUUCUACUCGUUUGAUCCUUAAUGACAGAAUAAGGUGAACAAUAAAAUCCUUUUGAUAUACAUAAUUUAUGUUUAACUGAUCUGGGGGUGGCAUUAUGAUCAUGUGGAGUCCCAGGGUAGUAGUCAUUCGUGUGUCGAUAUUGUGUUUGUGUAAAUGGGCUACCCUGGACUUGCGCUAAAAACCAAAGGUCUGACCUACAAAAUAUUCUCUCUUCUACCACCGCUUAAGUCCUUUUCUCUACUGCUAUCGCCAUAGUGAAGAUGGGAGGUGGGGACAUUCAAGACCGAUCGGGGAACUGUUUGAGAAUGUUAACAAAACCUUCCUCCUUCCCUUGAAGUACCGUCUGUGGAUAGUAUUCCGUUGGAUGGGAAACAAAGCAAGUUACUGCAGCUUCCACUUAUCCUAACCUAGUGAAUUACUUCAAGGCAGAGGACGUAAGGAUGCGUUUUGAAUGUGGUCAGAGCAGUUGUGCUAUCGGAGGGAUGGGUAUGGUAGUCCUGGCGAGCCAUAGGAGAUGCAGGGUUUUCGUCCAGCACUGGAACACCAGAUUCAACUGGUCACAGUCUUGAUUAAAGACCCUGUUUGAUCAAUUAAAUACAGCAUUGUAAGUGUUCCCCACCAACAUUGCAUAGAACAAUGUAUGUCUUGAAAGCCAGCCCCCACCUUCACACAGAGCCCCCAUAAGAUCUAUCAUAGAGUUCUGACUGGCCAUGAUAGAAACAUCUGGGGACUGUACUACAAUACCCAUGCAUUUGUAUACUACCAAGACAAAGCUGGGUGCAUUUAUAAAAUUAACUGAGCUUGGUGCUCACAUGCUCCCCUCUUAUGCAUUGAAGAUGGACAUACUUGCGCCUUCAGUAGUCAAACCGCUUUCCCCUCUCUUGUAUGAUUCCCUUCAAGUCUUUUCUGGUGUUUUUUUGCUUGUUACUGUUUUUGCCUUGGUGAGCCUGGCUUGGAGGAAAUAAUGUGGUGAAUGGCGGCAUAUUGGUAGUGCCGGACAUGGGUUUUAUCUGCACAUUCAAUGGAUGAGGUUAAGAGUUUUGUUUACUUUUUAACAAUUUAAUGAUGAAUGUGUUUGGGUGUGACUAUACAACUAGAUUCACAAAUGUGCACAGCAGGAGAGGUGUUCUUGUCAUUAAUGCUGGAUUGAAACUCAGGACUAAAGGAACUGGAGGGGAAUUGUCUUCUUUCAUGUCAAACUUAACCUCUUUGUUGUGCGCAAAACAUUUUACUAAUGAUGUAGGUUACAAAAAUUACCUCAGGUGUUGAAUCGGUUAUUAAUUGGUCCACCCCUCUUGAGACAGAACUAGGAUUUUGAAUACUAAUUUUUAAUCAGAACUUCUCCUGUUCGAGCCAGUUAGUGUUUGGAAGAGGUGUGUGUGUAUGUAUGUGUGGCAUGAUUUGACUAAAUAGUGGCAAUGAAUGAACAUUUAAAAAAAACGCACAAACUUUAUUUUUGUAUUAAAGCAGGUUGCCUUUUAGAAUUCCUUCAAGCUUGGCUCACUGGCGCAAUUGGUCUAUAGUUAUUGAAUUUAAUUUGUUAAUCUUUCCUCAACCGUAUUGCAAUGGUGGAAUAAAAGCGUCUAAAAGUU